CACCAAGUGUCAUCUGGAACUACAACAACAUGCAAAGUUCAUUAAACACCAAAAUGACUCCCAACAAUACAUACACUAUAGUGUCAAAUCUGACUUUUAUUCCCUCCCUAAGUGAUGAUGGUAAACUUUUGACUUGCACUGCUCAGUUUAUUAGUGGAGAGUUCUCAACAUCUGCAACUCUUACUGUAAAACAAUAUGAGAGAGAUCCAUUUGAAAAUUACACAACCUCUGCUUUGCCUGCCGACGUCCCUUUAAGAUUUAGUGCCUUGACUCGCUCCUGUGUGGUGAUUCCCUGCAGUUUCCAGUACAAAGAGGAUGAACCGAUGACCCGUGGCAUCUGGUCCAAAAAAAAAGGAGACAUUAUCUUCCAUAAUGGCCAAAGCUAUGUAAUUGACCAUUUUAAGGGCCGAACCAAAAUGUUAGGAAAUCUAAAUGAGGGAAACUGCUCACUGGAGAUUGAUGACAUCAAGCCCUUUGACAACGGACCCUUCUGUUUCUAUGCACAGAAAGAACAUGAGACACAUACAUUCAACAACAGCUGUGUAUUUAUUAUCAUGAAAGCUUCUCCAGAAAAACCAGUGAUGACCCCCGUUCCAGAAGAAGUUGAUGCUGGUUCAACUAUAACUGUUUCAUGUUCUGUUACACACACAUGUUCAUCACAUCCUCCGGUGUUCUCAUGGAGUGUCUCUCACCUCACCAGUGAGGUCUCACACAUCAUGAUGUCACGAGGCACCUGGCAGACAACUUCCACAAUCACUUUUAUUGUUACUGAAGGAGAUGGAGUCAGAAACCUCACCUGUAACGCUAUCUUUUGGCGUAACAGGCAACAAGCCCACACAGUCAGCUUAAAUGUGAAGGGAUCACUGACGUACAGGUUUAAAAGUUCUGCUCCAGUGGCCUUUCCAGUCUCAUUUGUAGCUCUCAUCAUAAUCACCUUAGCUGCAGUGUUUGCAGUCUUCAUCUGGAGGAAAAGGAAACACACAGAUGAAUCACUGAAACCACCACCUCGACCAGAAAAAAGAAGAUCACUUUGGGAUAGAUUAUCCAGGAGAUACCCAGAUGACAGAGACAGACCACCAAGGCCAGAAAAAAGGAGGUCCAUUUGGAGUCGAUUUUCCCGAAAAGAAGAGGAUCGCAUGGCAUGGCAACAGGAGAGGAAGCCCAGGCAGUCAUUUUGGAGCCGAUUUUCAAGACGCCAAGACCGCACUGCGAACAUCAGUGUUGGAUAUAGUAAAAACAGCAGCAAUGUAACAUGUGGAGCUGAGUCCAAACCACGCUGUCCAUCCCCGAAGGAUAACAGGAGACGACCAUCCCCUUUCAACCCUGAGAAUCAACUGUACGGCAACUUUUGACUUCUUCAAAGACGUCCCAGAGACAUCUUAAUCUUUCAGGCUCAUGUCUCGCAAGUCUCCUGUUUCAAAGGUUAUCAUCUAGCUGAACAGCCAUUAUCAACUGCAAAGACACCCGAGGUGGCUUCUGUUAUGAAUACAUGCUAAUGCAAACUGUACUGCUGAUGUAGAUGUAUGAUAUGUGGGGAAAAGUUCUUAAUAAUACUGCAGGAUUUAAUGUUUUUAUAGUUUAACUUUCACUUGGCUUUCUUUAAAUUUCAUUUAAUUUGGUCAAUUACAAAAUGAUGUAGUAACUUGCUUUGCUUAAUACAUGAUAAACAGCAAUAAAGA